GCUGUCUCUAAGCCGGACCUGAUCACCUUUUUGGAGCAAAGGAAAGAGCCCUGGAAUGUGAAGAGUGCAGAGACAGUAGCCAUCCAGCCAGAGGUGCAUCCUGAUCAUUUGAUUUUAUAUAUGUAUACAUUGUGUAUUGAUUAAUACAAAUAAAUUAAUUAACAUAUUAAUCAUCUCACAUAGUUGCCAGGUUUUUUGUGGAGAGAACAUUAAAGAUCUACUGUGGGCCGGGCGCGGUGGCUCACGCCUGUAAUCCCAGCACUUUGGGAGGCCGACGCAGGCGGAUCAUGAGGUCAGGAGAUUGAGACCAUCCUGGCUAAAACGACGAAACCCCGUCUCUACUAAAAAAUACAAAAAAAAAAUUAGCUGGGCGUGGUGGCGGGCGCCUGUAGUCCCAGCUACUCUGGAGUCUGAGGCAGGAGAAUGGCGUGAACCUGGGAGGCGGAGCUUGCUGUGAGCCGAGAUCGCGCCACUGCACUGCAGCCUGGGUGACAGAGCGAGACUCCGUCUCAAAAAAAGAAGAAGUAAAAAAAAAGAUCUACUGUGUUAGCAAAUCUCAAGUAUAUCUCCUGAAGAGCACCAUUCUGCCUAAUGUUUCUAUGAGUGUGGCUACUGUAGAUACUUUAUAUAUCUUUUCUCAUGAUACUCAAGGCCUCUUAAGAAAGAAGCUUAUAGAAGCAUCAUUCCAAAAAGUGAUAUUGGAUGGAUAUGGGAGCUGUGGCCGUCAGAAUUUAAACUUAAGGAAAGAGUGGGAAAGUGAGGAGAAAAAUCAGUACAAUAAAUCUGAUACAACAUUAAGCCAAGGCAUAAGCCCCAGAAGACAUCAGAAAACUCGUUUUCUACAUAACCAUUGCAAAUGUAAAAAAUGUGAGAAAGCCUUUCAUGAAUGCACCAACCAUGUCCAUCAGAGUAUCUUUAUUCAAGAGAAGUCUGCCAAAUGUAAUAAGUGUGUAGAAACUUUUAUCCAGUCAUCAAAACAUACUCAGCCUCAGAGAAUCCAUAUUGGAGAAAAGUCACACAGAUGUAAUAAUGGUGAGAAAAUCCUUAGUAAAUUGUCAAGUCUAAGAAAACAUAAGAUAAUCCAUAAUGAAGAGAAACCUUACAAAUGUAAAGAAUGUGACAAAGCCUUUAACCAUCGUUCACACCUUACUCAACAUCAAAUAAUUCAUACUGGAGAGAAACCAUACAAAUGUAAAGAAUGUGGCAAAGCCUUCAAUUCUAGUUCAUAUUUUACUAGACAUCAGAGAAUUCACACUGGAGAAAAACUUUACAAAUGUAAAGCGUGUAGCAAAUGUUUUACUCAUUCUUCAAAUCUUCUUGUGCAUCAGAGAAUUCAUACUGGAGAGAAACCUUACAAAUGUAAAGAAUGUGGUAAAUCAUUUAAAGUGUCUUCAGCCCUUACUCAGCAUGAGAGAAUUCAUACUGGAGAGAAACCCUAUAAAUGUAAGGAAUGCAGCAAAGCCUUUAACUGUAGGUCGUACCUAACUAAACAUCAGAGAAUUCAUACCGGAGAAAAACUUUACAAAUGUAAAUCAUGUAGCAAAUCUUUUUCUCGUUCCUCAAGUCUUAUUGUCCACCAGAGAAUUCAUACUGGAGAAAAACCCUAUAAAUGCAAAGAAUGUGGCAAAGCCUUUAAUUGUAGUUCACGCCUUACUCAACAUCAAAGAAUUCAUACUGGAGAGAAACCCUACAUUUGUAAAGAAUGUGGCAAAGCCUUUAACUGUAGUUCAUCCCUUACUAAACAUCAGAGAAUUCAUACUGGAGUAAAACUUUACAAAUGUAAAGCAUGUAGCAAAUCUUUCUCUCAUUCCUCAUGUCUUUCUGUGCAUCAGAUAACUCAUACUGGAAUGAAACCAUAUAUAUGUAAGGAUUGUGGCAUCUCCUUUAACCGGUCUUCAAACCUUAGACGACAUCAGAUGAUUCAUACUGGAGAGAAACCCUACAAAUGUAAAGAAUGUGGCAAAUUAUUUAAUCGAUGCUCAACCCUUACUCGACAUAAGAGUAUUCAUACUAGAGAAUUUCUAUAGUUGUAGUAAAUGUGAAAAGAGUUUUAUCCAAAAUUUAGAACUUAAAAAUCACCAUAGAGUUUAUAGGGAAACCGACUUUACAGAUUGAAUAAAUGGGAGGAAGUAUUUAAUCAGAACUCAAAUCUGAAUGUGUCAGGACUUACACAAAAAAGGACUAAAGCACAGAUCCCCACUUUAAAAUUAAAUAAGAGUAUUUGUUAUGGAGGAUUACUCUAAAGCCAAAGCAGUUACUUAUUUUGUUAUGUGUUUCAAAUGAGCAAAAGCAUUGAUGUUUGGACAAGUAAUUAUUCAGUGAGCACGUUAUUUGUAUUGAAAACAUUUGAAAUUUGUAUAAAGCAAAUCAUAAUUUAAUUCUCAAAUUAGUUGUUAUACCUUAAUGCCUAGUGUUUAUAUAAAAACAUAUAGUCUAUUUUUUCUGCAUCAGAGCUAUAAGAGGUCGUUCUGUAGUAGGUGAACAUCAUUAAUAUCAAUUUAUUUUCAUCGAAGUUUAAUGGCAAAUGUAAAAUACAUGAAGAAAAUCUAAAAGAGGCUCUUUGUGUUUGAAUCAUAAAACAGUAAUAUGUGUAAACAUAUAGUACAUAUUUAGGGCAUUAGUAUUCUAUACUAAAGUAAAAGAGGAAUAUUCUGAAUUUAUUUAUUACAUCAUUUGCUCCUUAAGUAGAAAAACACUGGUCAGUUAUUUAAAAUACUGGCAUACAUUUAUAGUACAAUGAAGUAGUAAUCUUGAAUAUUAUUUGAUGUGUUAAAAAUAAAAAAUCUUCACAGAUAUCAGAGGAAAGUGAAAACUCAUAUCUGAACAAUUGUGAAUGUACUUUAUAUCAAUUUUCCACAGAACUUAAACUUCUUAUAAUAUUGGUAAUAUUCUCAUGGUUACUAUUUUAUAUUCUUUCCUGCUUUUUGUAGCUACUGGUGUACUAUGACAGUUAUAAUAAAGAUUAUAUGGGGGUAUACUUAAAUGCCAUACUUUUAAAAUCCUGAAUCAUUGUUUAUAAAAUUUUAUUCAGUAUUUUUCUUUGCACAUGCCCUUUUUCAGUCCAAUUGAACACUUAGAGAUUUUUCUUUGCUUUCACUUGCAUUAAAUGGAAUAUACAGAUGUACUAAGAUAGAAAGAAAAAGGUGAAAGAACUAUGCAGGCAGAAAUGCAUGUGUGUGUACCUGUCUUCAAAUGGAAAAGAAAAUGAUGGAUCACAACAGGAAACUGGAGAACUGUUGAUUUAUUACCAAACUAGAAACCUCCCAAAUUCUUAAAGCUAAAUUAGCUUUUCAUUGCACACUGAAUUUUUCUCUGAUAAAUCUAAUGUCUUCUGGGUUCAGACUUUAUCCCGUACAAAUCCUUUUUUCUUGCCUAUGAUUCAUGUGAGAAGAAUUAUACAAUUUUCUUAUUUCAAAGCUUAUAACCUAUUACUUAUAAGUUCUCAUGGAUUUUAAGAAUGUUUUUGUAAAAUUUAAUGGUGCUGUCCAGGUGUGGUGGCUCACGCCGGUAAUCCCAGCAUUUCGGGAGGCUGAGGCAGGAGGAUCAUUUGAGGUCAGGAGUUUGAGACCAGCCUGGCCAACAUGGUGAUACCUCGUCUCUACUGAAAAUACAAAAAUUAGCUGGAUGUGGUGGCACACACCUGUAAUCCCAGUUACUCAGGAGGCAAAGGCAGGAGAAUUGCUUGAACUGAGGAGAUGAAGGUUACAGUGAGCCAAGUUUGUGCCUCACACUCCAGCCUGGGUAACAAGAGUGAGACUCUGUCUAUAAACAAACAAAUUAUCUGUCAUCUACCUAUAGACAUAACCCUACUGAGGAGGAUGGGGAUAAAAGGUCUGCAUCUAAGUCACUUUGAAAAACAGUAUUUUGAUUGAAUGCUGUAAGACUACACAAAUGCUGUAUUCUACUGAGUAAUAUUUUAUUUUCCUACAAGGAUAUGCAUUAGCAAUUCUGAAACAGUUUUACAUGUUAUUAUAUAAUAUAUGGAGGCUGUUUCUCAGUGUAGUUCACAAAAGUUAAAUGGUGAAUGCUAGCAUGAAUCUUGUGGUCCUAGCCCAAAGUUGGAAAUAUCAGGAUGAACCCAUGACUAAUACAUCUGGAUGGAUGGAUGGAUGGAUGGAUGGAUGAAUAGAUAUAAAGAUAGGUAGGUAGGUAGGUAGGUAGAUAGAUAGAUAGAUAGAUAGAUAGAUAGAUAGAUGAAGCGAUGUCUAAGAUAUCUGGAAGGAUGGAUGGAUAGAUAGAUAGAUAGAUAGAUAGAUAGAUAGAUAGAUAGAUAGACAGACAGACAGAUAGGUAGAUGAUUCAGAGAUAGAUAAUGUUCCAAACUCUUGAGGGCCAAGAACCGGUGACAUCUUGUAUCAACACAUCUAGGUCUACAAUCUUGAUUUCUAAACAACAUUCAUUAAAAGGACCCAAGGGUUGAAGUUAGAAAAUACAAGUUGAGCUAGAGUAUCUUGUAAAGCCACAAAGAAAAAAGUGCUUAAUAAAAAUGAUGGAGACUUUUCAAAGGGAGCCAACCUGAAAGACCUCCCAAUGGUCCAAGCUCCAACAAUAUGAGCAAUAAGUUAUGAUAGCUUUGGAUUAUGGCCCACAGAAUAAAAUAAUACUCAUCUCUACUGUGUGACUAAAAGAGAUUAAGGAAAGAAGGAAUGAAAUCUACAAUAUUUAAAAUACAGAUCAAUGUAGUUGGAUAAUGCAAAAUAAAUCAACACUAGAACAUCACAGUAAUAAUUACCAUAGGGAAGGUUCCCCGAGGAAUUCAAAAAUUUCAGGAAAAACUUAAACACUGAAGAGUGUAUUUGGGCCAGUCUCGGUGGCACAUGCCUGUAAUCCUAGCACUUUGGGAGGCCUCUGUGGGUGGAUCACCUGAGGUCAGGAGUUCAAGACCAGCCUAGCCAACAUGAUGAAACCCCGUCUCUAUUAAAAAUGCAAAAAUUAGUCGGGCAUGGUGGUGGGUACCUAUAAUCCCAGCUACUUGGGAGGCUGAAGCAGGAGAGUCACUUGAACCUGGGAAGCAGAAGUUGUUUUGAGCCAAGAUCAUGCCAUUGCACUCCUGCCUCGGCGACAAGAGCGGAACUCUGUCUCAAAAAAAAAAAAAAAAAAGAAAAGAAAAGUGUAUUUGCAUAUUUUAAGUAUCUACCAUCUAAUAUUUAUUAAUACAAUUUUUUCUUAAUUUCUUAGACUUGUGACUAUUUGAAACAAAUUAUAACACUGUAUUGUAGGAUUUAUAAUUUGUAGUUGUAAAAUUUAUAACACAUGGAAUAAGAAGAUAAAUGGAACUGUUCUGUAGCAAAUUUUUCAUGUUUUAUAUUUAAGACAGUAUAGUAUUAACUCUAAAAGUAUGGUGGAUAUGUUAAAGAUUCAUAUUGUAUUACCUGCAGCAACCACUAAAAAAUGCCAAGAAGUGUAAUGUAAAUGCUAAAAAAGGAGUUAAAUAUAAAAUAUUUAUUUGCACAAUAUUUAUGUAUCUUUUAGUCAUAAUAGCCCAAAACAGGAAACAACCAAAAUGUCCAUCAAUAAGAAAAUGAACGAAUUGUAUAGCUUUUAGAACAAAAUACAGCUCAGGAAUAUGAAAAACCAAGCACACAUCCUGGAUAAAAUUCAUAAACCUGCUCAAUGAGAGAAAAGUUGGACACAAAAUUGUACUUUAUGUAUUUUGUAUUUUAUUCCAGGCAAAAUAAUCCUAUGGUGAAAAAAAUCAACAAGAUAAUCUCUGCUUGAGAAAAAGGACCAAAGACAAGUGAAUUUUCUGAGGGUGAUGAAAGUGUUGCUUCGAAAAGGGGUGAAGUUUAUAUGGGUCUAUUUAUUUGUCUAACAUGUACAGUUAAGGUUUAUGCCUUGCAAUGUAUGUACAUCUUCACAAAAAAAUCUUAAAAAAAUUAAACGGGUGGGGGUUGGUAAAGGGUUGAAGUAUAGAUGAAGCAGAAGUGGUACAUGAUUCGUAGUUGAAGCUGGGUGACAAGUCUAUAUACUAUUUUAUUUUUAUGUCUUUAAUAGCAUUUGUAUAAAUGUACAAUAUUCAUUUACAAUGUUAGCUCAGGAUCUUGUUUACCUUUGGACAGGGAGGGAGGGAGAAAUUUAUUUUCUGGGUAGGAGUAAAGCUGGUUCUAUUCCUCAGUUAUGUAAAUUAUCUGUUAUAAUCCAAAAAGCUUUACAUGAAUGUUUCUGUAUGUAAUGUUGUAUAUCAAUAAAAAAAUUAAAUAUUA